AUGGUGGCGUUUGCGGAUGACGGAAGGGAUGAGCGCAUUGCUGAGCGACGCAUUCGUGUGCGACGGCGAUUGAAAGAGUUGUGUGACAGCGAGAGGAGCACGCAGACGGUGGUGGGAGCCGAAAAUAAUGUCAGUGACGGCAAUGGGGCCAGCGGGACGAUUGGGCUGGGCGAGGAGUCUGUGCGCCAAGCCCGUUGCGAAAUGGCGGAGAUAGUCAGCACUGCCCACAGCGCAGUGACCAGCUGGGAAGUUAACGUUGGCAAGAACGAGAAUGAGCGCCGCGAGCGUGAAGAGCGUCUUGUAGAUGAGCGACGCCAGAAGCGCCGAGAGGAGUUGAAGGCGAAUGAAAUCAAGCAGGGGGCAAUAGAGUUGAGGUUUGAGUCCAUCUACAAGUUGAACGCGCCUCAUGAACUGAAGAAGUCCCUUGAGGAGCAGGAGCAGCAGUGCAAGGAACUGAUCGCCGCAAAGGACCGCCUUAUUGAACUGCUGCGCGAGCAGCUGGAAGAGCGCGAGGAGGAGUUUGUGGCGAUACUUCAACGCAAUGCGGCGGAUGUCAACAACCUCGUUGCCGAGAUGCGUGGGCAGACGGAGAAGUACCUUGACGCGUACACCAGUCAGCUGCGGGAAGUAGAGGCGACGUACGAGAAUGAGCGAAAGGAAUAUCUCACGCGCUGCAACGAAGAAAUCCAGCAGCUCAUGAAGUUGCGCCGUACGCGUGAGACGGAGUACCGCAAAAAGCGGGAAGAUGAGAUUAUGGAGGCGCAAAGGAAGAUGGACGAUAAACACCGCGGAAACUGCGAGGAGUACAAUGAAAUCAAGCGGGAGCACCUGCAGGAGAUCCAUGCUCUCAUGGAGGAGCUGGAACGAUGCAAGGCCGAGUUCCUCCUCAACGGCGAACGACUCAGUUACAACCUGCAGAUACUCCGUGAGCGGGUGAAGGAAAACAAGAGUGCUCAGGCACUGCACAAGCGAAAGCUAGGGCGUUUGCAGGACACACUCAGCUACCUUGUGGCGCGCUACGCGGAGUCCGAGAAGAAGUAUCAACGCACCAACAAGGAUCUCACCGCCCAGCUGCACCGUGUUGCCAACCAGUACCGUGAUCUGCAGAAGAAGUUUCAAAAGUUUGAGAGGUCGGACAAGGAAAAGUACCGCCAACUGUGGGAUAUGCACGAGGAGAAGAACAUACAGCUUGUGCACAAGUCUCUUCAGGCGGAUCGUGUUCUCUUUGAGGAAAUAUUGGGGGUGCCGUGGAAUCCACCGCAGCUAAAAUACUGGCUCGAUGAUGAAGCGGCGGAUGCAGCAGAGGAUAAUGAGGUGGAUGUUUCCAGUAGCGACGAUGAGAUUGAACUCUCCGAGGAAGCGCUGAUGCUCCUUGCAAUUCUGCACAAACAAGCCCCAUUCAUUGCAGACGAAAACGUGUAUGCGGCAAUACGACAAGUGCAAGAUGCCACAGAGGAUCGCGCCAUGGUGGAGUCUAUUCUUGCCACACUGCAGAUCCGCAAAAACGAGGAGAUGGAUGACCUUUUGCAGUAUUUCAUUGUAGAUGGUCCCGAAGAAACAACGGCACUUAUUCGUCCGCAAGAUGCCGUUCGUGCACUUUCGACGUUUCUCACAGAACAGCAGCGGGAGAAGAAGCAGAAGGAAGAGGGGCAGAAGGAAUCGGCAAAGAGGAACAAAGAAAUAGCGAAGAUGAAGCUGGAGGAGCGUCGGCGUGCUGCUGAAAAGGAGUACUGGUUGCGCAUGGCGAGGUCGGUUCCAAAAGAGCACCAGCGUGUGUGGGGAGCACUUGAAAAAGGCCUGAAAUUGUACAUUGCCCAGCUCCAGCAACGGAAAAAUUUGAUUGUAGAUACCGAUUCACUGCGUGCGCAGAAUGCGGAGCUGCGUGCAUUACUUACGCAGUACCUGCAGAGUGACAUGAACUACCAGCUAUACAUGCCGCCAAAAUUGCUGUUGCAGUCCCGCGCCGCCUCAUAA